AUGGAGACCAUUGAGAACACUGUGCAGGCCAUGCUGCUCCUCCAGCUUUCUAUUCUGCUUUGGUUUGGAGCCUUUAGGUCCGAUUUCUCUGAAGCGCUCUCAGAUCUGGAACCAAUCUGGACCGAGUCCACCCUGCUCAAACCGAAGGUGAUGAUCACUAUUCUGGCUCGGAAUUCCCAACACAGCCUUCCUUUUUAUCUUGGAUGCCUCGAGCGGAUGGACUAUCCAAAGGACAGGAUUGCUAUCUGGGCUGCAGCAGACCACAGCAUUGAUAACACUACGGCCAUGCUGCAGGAGUGGGUGUCCAGAGUGGAGGGACUCUACCAUUCUGUACGAUUCCGGACCACAGAGCAUGAAAAGAGUUCCUAUGCUGAUGAACUCGGUCCCAAACACUGGCCAGACUCCAGGUUCAGCCACGUGAUGCAGCUGAGACAGGCGGCUCUCCAAUCAGCCCGGGCUCAAUGGGCUGACUACAUCUUGUUUGCAGACAGCGAUAACUUGUUGACAAACCCGAAGGUCCUGAGCCACUUGAUAGCUGAGAACCGUACCCUGGUGGCGCCCAUGCUGAAAUCCAGAACGCUCUACUCUAACUUCUGGUGCGGUAUGACUGCACAGGGAUAUUAUAAGAGAACCGAUUCGUACAUUCCGAUUCGAAACUGGAAACGAGUUGGGUGCCAUGCCGUGCCCAUGAUUCACUCCACCAUGCUGCUGGAUUUGCGCCGCCAUGCCAGCCGUGCCCUGGCCUUCUACCCGCUACACCAACUCUACCCGUGGAUGCUAGACGACAUCCUGGCCUUUGCCUUUUCAGCGAGACAGGCAGGAGUGCAGAUGUUUGUGUCUAACAGUGAGCAUUAUGGGUAUUUGCCUGUGCCACUGGAAUCCAAGCAGACCCUGGAAGACGAGGAGGAGAGCUUCACACACACCCUCACAGAGGCGAUGAUCGAUUUCACCUUGGAGCCUUCACGGUAUUUGCAAACAGCAUCCAGAAACAAAGACAGGAUGGGAUUCGAUGAGAUCUACAUCAUUAAUCUCAGGCGCCGAAUGGACCGUAGGGAGCGUAUGUUGCGCACUUUGGACGUUUUGGGAAUUGAAGUCACGGUGACUGAUGCGGUGGACGGCAAAUAUUUGAACUCAUCGCAACUCCAGGUUUUAGGAAUAGAGAUGCUGCCCAGCUAUGAAGACCCUUAUUCUGGGCGAGUGCUCACUAAAGGGGAGAUCGGCUGCUUUCUCAGCCAUUACAACAUCUGGAAGCAGGUGGUGGAACGGAGGCAGAAGCAGGUACUCGUGCUAGAGGACGAUGUUCGCUUUGAAGCGAACUUCAAGAGGCGCCUCAACACAAUCAUGGACGAUGUUCGGCGGUUGCGGCUUAUGUGGGACUUGAUAUACAUUGGCCGUAAGCGGUUGCAGGUGGCGAAUCCAGAACGCUGGGUGCAAGGGAUAAAGAACCUGGUUCACCCUGAUUAUUCUUAUUGGACGCUGGGAUAUACACUCUCUCUUCAGGGUGCGAAGAAACUUCUGGCGGCUGAACCUUUGGGCAAUAUGCUGCCAGUCGACGAGUUCCUGCCUGUUAUGUUCAACAAGCACCCAAAGGAAGAGUAUUUGGUUUACUUUAAACAAAGGGACCUUCUAGCUUUCUCGGUGGAACCUCUCCUCCUCUUCCCAACCCACUACACAGGAGAAGCAGGCUAUAGCAGUGACACCGAGACAUCCACCAUCUGGGACAACGAGAGCAUUAACACAGACUGGGACCGCCAGGGAACCCAUAAAAAGCAGAACCGUGGUGAUGCGGGUCCUGUACCUACUUUAAACAGGGGCAGCAGGGAUGAACUCUAAGGUCUAAGCACAAUAAAGUAGUGGAGAGUGUGGGGUUUAUUGGAUUUUAUAGGCAUCAGAAUCUGAACAUUUAUACAAAAUGGGUUUUAAACAUACUGAGGAAAACAGUUAUAUGGUCGUUCAACGAUCAACAAUAAAUUUGUAGAGCAGAUUACAGCACACAUAUGCAUUAGUACCCAUUACAGUAUGUCUAUUGACUGGGAAAUUCAUAGCCCAUGGUUUCUUUGGCUGCCCAUUGAAUGGUUUGCAUAGAACACUAUGGGUUUCAAAGUCUGAGUAUCAUUUCUGGAGACUAAGGCCCCUUAAUUAUUGAAUGACUGAAUGAAGUACAAAUAGUCUGAAUAUUGGACCAUACAUUUUCCAUUUAAUACAUACACUCUCAUGGAAAAAUGGUUUUUCAAUGGUUCUGUGGACUUUUUAGCUUCCACAAAAAAUAAAUAAUUCUACCUAAAGUCUUAGCGCUCACCAACAGUAGCCCCCUCAGGGUUCCUUUAAGAGUUUAAUGGAUAAAGAAUUCUUUAGAAAAAGGUUGUACUUGUUUACACUCUUUUGUUUUUAAAACCUUCCCACAAUGGUUUCUUAAAUGGUUCUUUGGAGAGUUCCAAAAAAGCUUGAUUUAUUCUUUUAAUUGUUUACCAAACUGACCCUUCAAGGGUUCCUGCAUAGUAACUGAACCCUUUAUGACAAGAAAUGUUUUGAUUCUUGAAGAGUUUCUCCAGAAGGACAAUCAAAGAAUUGUAUAUUUUUGGUUUUUGGAAGACACUGUCGUCGAGAUCGACUUACAACCGAUCAGUUGAGGGUUAAGGGCCUUGCUCAAGGGCCCCAGCAGUGGCAGUCCAUUGCCUGUACCAUUGCGCCAUUGCCUUUACCACACUCCUCAUUUUAAAUAUCUCCAAUAAAAUAUAUGAAAUAUUUUCCCUCAGAUUGAUUUGAAACGAUAAGCACAAAUGGCAUUUCCAUUACGUUAAUCAACCCUCGUUGAUGUUCAUCAUCACUUUGUUUAAUAUCAGUGUUUCUCCAGCUUUACAUUUAACAGACAAAAAUUCCAAAGCUUUUUUCUAGAACAAUAUAAAUAAAUAAAAAAUAUCACAAUCAUAAUAAUUUGAUUUUUUUUUAUUAUUUAAAAAGCACUGGCAGUUCCUUGUGGUUUUGAGGCAACGCAGAUAUUAGCAAAGUUUCAUACCUCACAAUGAAUUAUUUAAAAAAAAAAAACCCACAACACACAAAUAGCAUGUAAUAAAUUAAAUCAGCAGAGGAAUACCAAAUGAAAACCAACCAGUAAAAAAACAACAACAAAAAAACAGGUUUAUACAUUGGUGAAGAUGCAAAAUGGAGAUUCUCGGCAUUCAGUUUUAACACCUGAGGAGAUGCAUUAAAGCCUAAAUCCUGUCAGGAAAUAGACUUCACUGCAGUCUUGACAGACUUUAGUGUGCUGACUUGAACAGAAAAAAAUAGAUAUAUAUUUAUAUAUACGGAGGGUAUUUGGGUUUAGUGUGUACCAAAAUAAAGAGUAAAUGAGGUCGAGUUUGGAUUGACACGAAGCAAGAAGGCAGCUUUGUAGCCCAAGAUUAGCUUUUUCUCUCACUACAACUGAAAAUGAAAAUAAAAACACAACUCUCGUCGCUUUGGACAGACGUAUAAAAUCAGAAGGGCUCUGAACAUAUUUUACUAGCUGUUAUAACUACAUUUAACAGCUACACUAUUCCAGUUACACAGGAUUCAUCCUUAACUACCUCAGAGGGUAUCGCUGUACAUACUUUAUAGACUACACAAGGCCAGAUGCUAACAUGGCUACGAAAAGAAUUUGCAUAAAACUGACAGGAUUGUAUUCGGUUAUUAGCAAGACUUGUGUUUUUUUUUUCUCCUCACUUGUGUGACACGAGACACAAAGCUUUAAGGAUACUACUUCGGUCCGUUAUUAGUAGUACUUUUUUGCAUCUCUGACAUACAGAAAUAUUGUAAAACAUUUACAAUACAACAAAAAAAAAGCGCCACAGGAAAGAAUGUAACAAUACUAAGAAAAAACUGACAGAAAAAGACAUAGGGUUUGAACUGCGACACCCGCUGGGGGGAAAAGAAAAAAAAGCUAGCUACUACCCUAUCAAACUAGCAUAGACUUCACUACCUCGAAGGUCACUACGGGGUACCAAAGAAAACCACAAAAGAUGGCUGAUAACGCUAAACAUGGUUAGCAUGAUCUGGCUUGCAUAAAGCUAACCAGCCACAUUGCGUUCGCGACGUUAGCUUCUUUUCUUUCAUUCAUAGUAGCGACAUAUUUAACAUACAAAAGCAUAAAAAUAGAAGCCAAAAUUAAAAGAAAAACUGGAAUAAAAAAAUGUAAAUAAGACUGUGGAUUUUGUGCUGAGUGUUGACUUGCCAGGAAUUAGCAGCGCUAGUACUAAAGGCUGGUCAGAUAACAAGAACCAUGUUCUGUCGACGUAUACAAAUGAGCAGAAUUCAUCACUUGACUUGAAAUGAGGUGAACUGAAGAUCUAAAGUUGGUGUGUGUGGUUAAAAAGACGACUUAAAACAUCCGCUUUGAAAGGAUCCCGACCAGUUUUGACACGAGACCCUGGAGGUAUGAUAUUGGCUUGUUUUUCUUGACACCCGUUGACUGACUUUUUUUUUUUUUUUCUUUCUCUAUGUGUUGCAGUUCAGGGCAGCCGUUCCAGCGGCGACCUUUCGCGGUCCUUAGUAUUGCGAUUAUGUGCAUGGAUGCAGUUCCCGUCAUCUGGUAGACGGUAGUAGCAAUAGGACGAGAAUAAAUCUUUUGCAUGGACAGAAAAAAAGGACGAGGAAGGGAUUCCAAAAAAUACAUAGCCACAUACGAGGGGGAAAAAAAAAAUCAAAAAAGAAAUUGUCAAGUUCUUUUUUUUUUCCUUUGUCGCACUUAAAUAAGCACUUGGAAAAGGGUGUAUCCCGAGACCUUUUUUCUUUUUCUAUGACGGGCCCCCAUCUAAUUCCACAGUGUUCCUUAUUCUGUUAUUAUUAGUAUAUAGUUUUUUGCAGGCAUUUGAUAUAUUUAUACAGUGUUCCCCAUCACCCAAGCAGACAGAUGCAUCAUCUGCAUCAUCAUCCUCCUCCUCCUCACCAUCACCACCUAGUAGAAAAGUGCAAUAUUGCAUAUUUGUAUUCUAGUUUGUUAAGGAGAAAAAAAAAAACGAUACAAACACCCUGCGGCAGAAAGUGUAACGGCAAACAACGGUGCAAAAGAAGAACUCGGAGAGGAAUUAAGGCUUUUUUUAAAUUCCUGAUGUGUUUUGCAUUGUUUCGCUGAGAUAGACGUGUUCGGAGAGAGGGACUCGCACUCGGUCUCUCUUAUACAUACACGCGAUAUACGUUCACACGCAAGCAAAGCAGCACUAACCCGAUAAAUUAGAAAGCGCACGAUCCCGCGACCAUUCGAAUUUAUAGAACAUCUCGACCGGAGAAGCUUCGAGCGAGGCUAUGCCCACACACACACACACACACACACACACACACACACACACACACACAACAAGCCAUCUGCAAACCUGUAGCACGAGGUUACACGCAAAAUAUUUAGAAAAUCGUAAAAAAGAAAACCCCGAUUUGAUUAUGAGAACCAUUAGA